CGUGCGCCGUUUCGAGCUCCUCUCUGGACCCGGGCUGAGGAGAAAUACCGUGCUUUUUGAACGAUUUUAACGAAGUAAGGAGUUCGUUUUAACACGUUUCUGAGGCUGAACAGAUUUGAAUGGUUAACAUCAGCGGCUGUUAUCAUCUACUCUGCUGUAUCUGAGGCGACGCGGCAUUCCUGUGGACUUUCUGAGGCGACGACGCGCUUUACUUCGGAGAAGGAUGCUGGGGGAGCUCUGCUUGACUGCGCUCCAAUCUCUCCUGGCUGUGUGUCUGCUCUUCACCCUGGAACAUGGCAUGGUGAGCUGUGAUACUGUGGUGAACAUGCGUAAGGUGACUCACCAGCGGGUUCAGGAGCCUCUGUCAGGUACGGCCCUCCUGCCGUGUGUUUUCACCCUGCGCCCGAGUCCUUCGAACGAACCCCCUCGCAUCAAGUGGACCAAACUGUGGGGUCAACGCGGCCCGGAUGGCCUACAGAAGCAGCAGUCGAUUCUGGUGGCUAAAGACAAUAUAAUCAAGGUGAAGAAAGCCUUCCAGGGCCGCGUGACCUUGCCGGGAUACCCGGAGAAUCGCUACAACGCCAGCCUGGUGCUGACAGGCCUGCGAUCCAGCGACUCUGGGAUGUACCGCUGUGAGGUCGUGGUCGGCAUUAACGACGAACAAGAUACAGUGCCCCUUCAGGUCACGGGAGUGGUCUUUCACUACCGUGCGCCUCACGACCGCUACGCGCUGUCCUUCACUGAUGCCAAAAGAGUUUGUCUGGAGAACUCUGCCAAUAUUGCCACACCAGCCCAGCUGCAGGCCACUUUUGAUGACGGCUACGACAACUGCGAUGCCGGCUGGCUGUCGGACCAGACUGUGAGGUAUCCCAUCCAGUCGCCUCGGCCCGGCUGCUUUGGCGACAGGGAGGACUCACCUGGCGUGAGGAACUACGGCAGCCGAGACCCCGUCGAGAUGUUCGAUGUGUACUGCUUUGCCACCGGCCUGCAAGGUGAAGUGUUUCACACCAGCGUGCCGGAGAAGUUGAGCCUGGUAUCUGCUUCCACUCACUGCCACACUCUGGGAGCUCAGCUGGCCACGGUUGGGCAGCUCUACCUGGCCUGGCAGGGUGGCCUCGACCGCUGCGACCCCGGCUGGCUGGCUGACGGCAGCGUGCGUUACCCUAUCAACCUGCCCCGGCGUAACUGCGGAGGAGAUGAACCAGGAGUACGGACCGUUUACCACAACCCCAACCGCACCGGGUUCCCAGACACUAGUGACCUUUUUGACGCCUACUGCUAUCAAGAGAAGAAUUUCGAAGAGCAGGGGGUGAUACUCCACAAAACCCUAGAAAACUCCAAUUUGAACUCUUCAAGCGAAGAAGAGGUGCCGCUCCAAAGAAACGGAGCCUUCCCUGAACCUUCAACUUGGACCGGUCUGGUCGAUCUCGAGAAAGAAGACUUCAAGUCCAUCAUAAACAACGAAUCUUCUGAAAUCUCAGAGGAGCAUGUUGUAAUCCAUCUUGGACCUGAAGAAAGGUCUGUAGAAUGGGAAGACGAUGCUGUGGAGAAGCAGGAGAACCUUAACCUUCAAGGGGGUUCGGCGAAAGAGGAGACUGAUGAUUCAGAUGGUCCCGAUGUGUCUCCUGACCCGUCUUCAACCACGCCAUCUUCCUCUACGCAAGCUCAGACCAGCAACAGCGUCAUUUCCAACUUUGUGAACACAAUAAUGAAGCCAUUUAGGUACUGGACCGGGACUGGGGAACCUGCGAUACUGGCCACAGAGUCCAGCCUCUACAGAGGAACCUCAGAAAUGGUCCCACCUGCCAGGACGAAGCCAAGUAGAGAGAAAACAAGCAAAGUUGGUGCUGAUAACGCCAUCGUGGAACCUAAUAUCAAGGAAUAUUCAUACAAUCCCUCCUCGUCAGAUCCAGAAGAAGAACUCUUGGAACAGGAGAAAGAAGUGGUCUUGGUGGCUGUACAGCAGGAGAUAAAGAGUCCAAGCAAUUCUUAUAUGGAUCAUCCAUAUUCACAGACCUUCACAGACAGCUUCACUGGACCAACCAAAGGAGCUAUUAGAUCAGGAACGGCGGAUCCGACUCUUUCUUCGGCAUCUAAGAGCUUUGGUUCCAUGAGGAGCAGCCAACAAAUUUUGCCGCUAAAGUCCUUGAAAGUUGCCCCAAGCAAUAAUAGGCAUUUCAUAACUCAAACAAGCAGUCCCAUGGAAGCCAAAAGAGCCAGUUUGGAGAUCAUGACCAUUCCUGUUUUCAGCAACAACCCUGAGAACUUCUCCGGGGAAGGGAAAGACUUGAACGAGGAUGGUUACCCUAUUCCCAAAGGUCCUCUGUCACCGUUAUCUGCAGAGGAAGAAAAAGAUGGCGAAGGAAGUGGAGGGAAGGAGUUACCGUUCACCCUUGACCACCAAAUGAAUGGAUCCGAUGACCACGGUGUCCCGCUGGAGACCACUGUCAGAUGGCAGCUUAUGAGUCUCCAGACGACUCAACCUACUAGUGAACCCAAGCAUGAGAAACCAGCCGACACGGUUGAGGAAGCCAGGGGGGAAAUCAUGUACGUCCAUCGCCCCAUUGAAAAACACAAGAACAAUCCCUCGAAUAAAGUCAACAUGCCUUUUGUUAAACGGAAUCAAGACCUAGGGUUGACUAUUGCACCGGAAACACACACUUCCAACACACCUACCACACCAAGCCCUGGAGAUCCCAACGAGGACAAGCUAGCAAUUCAACCACCAACCGUAGGAAUCACUCCUUCCCAGCCUGGAGAAGAAACCACUACCGAAGACAUUUUGUGUACUCCAGAUCCAGCCGUUUCCAGCACGUGGUUACCUGUGGUUCAAGAGGAGGUAGAUACUCCACAACCACUGGUUCCUACCAUAAUAAUGACGCAAGCUGGGCCUACGGUUCUGCCGACUAGUCCAGGUCCAAAGGACACUUCCCAGCAGGCUGAGUCCAGGUCAGGAGGGUCGGAGUCUUUUGUGUUGGCUCAGGGCUGGAUAACAUCUGAAGCAGUUCCAACAGAGGAACCUUCAUCCCAGACCACAGGAAAGCCAGAGAAAGACACAACUGUGGCUGGGAGUGAAAACAGCCCCUCCAGAACUUCAGCAGAAGAUGAUCCCUGCCAGACCAACCCGUGCCUGCAUGGUGGGAGUUGUUUGACCGAGGGGGAGGGAUACAGUUGCCUGUGCCCUCAGGGCUAUUCGGGAGAGAGCUGCGAGAUCGAUAUUGAUGAUUGUCAGUCCAAUCCAUGUCAGAAUGGAGGCACCUGCAUUGAUGAGAUCAACUCUUUCGUAUGCCUGUGUCUGCCCAGCUAUGGUGGAGCAACCUGUGAGAAAGAUACUGAGGGUUGCGAGCACAACUGGAGGAAGUUUCACGGCCACUGCUACAGGUAUUUCACUCGCAGACACACGUGGGAAGACGCGGAGAAGGACUGCAGAGAGCACAGCGGUCACCUGGCCAGCAUGCAUUCCACACAAGAGCAGGACUUCAUUAAUGGACUUUGCCAUGAAAACACAUGGAUUGGUCUGAAUGACAGGAUGGUGGAAGACGACUUUCAGUGGACUGAUAACAUGGAUCUGCAAUAUGAGAACUGGAGGGAGAACCAGCCGGAUAAUUUCUUUGCGGGCGGAGAGGACUGCGUGGUGAUGAUCGCCCAUGAGAACGGCAAAUGGAACGAUGUGCCCUGCAACUACAACCUGCCCUACAUCUGCAAGAAAGGCACAGUACUAUGUGGAGCUCCGCCCACCGUGGACAACGCUUUCCUGAUUGGUCGGAAGCGUUCGCAUUAUGACAUACACUCUGUGGUGCGUUACCAGUGCAGUGACGGUUUCCUCCAGCGCCACAUUCCCACCAUCAAGUGUCGCGCCAACGGCAAAUGGGACCGGCCCAAGAUCAUCUGUACGAAGUCAAGGAGAUCUCACCGCUACAGACGCCACCACCACAAGUCCCACCACGAGCGCAGAAAGCACAAGAGGCACGGUUCAGGAGGUCAUCGAGGUCAACAGGAGGGUCACGGCCAUUUCUAACCAAAUAAUCCCCUCCUUUCCGCCAGCCUUUCACCUAAGCCUCCUUAUCUUUGAUAUCCGACGGCCUUUCACCUUUCCCCCUUCUCGUCUGGCUCAGUCUACCCCCAUUAUGAUAUGAGGGGCUCUGCUGGACCUCACAAGGACUAUAACAAUUUCACUUUUCCAUCUCUUUAUCUGUUAAUGUUACAUCUCAUUUUAGUGGAUCCAACAUGAGGAAAGUUCUUUCAUACCUUCAAUGUAGAAAACACUAGUUAACUGUUUAUGUAUUUUUACAUAAGCAUUAAUUGAGCGGGUGGGUUGGUACUACAUGUAAAUAUUGUAUUUCAUUUCAAAACGCGGGAUCAAAUCGAAACAGCCAGGAAAUGCUUGGGAUUGGUUAGCUUAUGCGGUAUUUCUUGACUGUUUUGACGUUGGUUUGCUCUUUGUAAGACAUUAACCUAAUUUAUACAGUAUUUCUGAGUAUUGGUGUGUUUUGAGUUGAGAGG